AUGCUUAUUGAACGAACCUCAGGUUACAUAGUCAUUGAUAUUCAUGGAGAAAGACAAAGGUUCAAUGUCUUGGGUUUGCAUGAAUUUGAUAGUGAUCGGAAAAGGAUGUCGGUUAUAUUAGGUUACAUUGACAAUUCAGUGAAACUUUUCGUCAAAGGGGCGGAUACAUCAAUGUUUAGUGUAAUCAAUAAAUCAUUGAACACAGAUGUAAUACAAGCAACAGAAACCCAUCUUCACGACUAUUCUUCCAUCGGCUUGAGGACGCUUGUUAUUGGGAUGCGUGACUUGAAUCCUUCAGAAUUUGAUCAAUGGCACUUUGCUUUUGAGGCAGCAAGUACUUCUUUGAUCGGUAGGGCUGCUUUGCUUCGUAAGGUUGCAGCCAAUGUAGAGAAUAACCUAUGCAUAUUGGGCGCUACCGCUAUCGAAGAUAAACUGCAACAAGGUGUGCCGGAAUCUAUUCAGUCUCUAAGGCAAGCUGGUAUUAAAGUAUGGGUAUUGACCGGUGACAAACAGGAAACCGCCAUUUCGAUUGGCUACUCCUCAAGGCUACUGACAAGCGGCAUGACUCAAUUUAGAAUUAAGAGCAAUAAUCGAGAGUCGUGUAGAAGACAUUUACAAGACGCACUUCUCAUGUCCAGAAAAAAUGAGGUUGGCAAUUAUUUCGACGGGAAUUCCGUUGAGGUUGUUUCAACUCCAAUGGCCUUGAUUAUUGAUGGUACAAGCCUUGUAUAUAUUCUUGACAAUGAACUUGAAGAAGAGCUCUUUGAACUUUCACAAAGAUGUUCUGUUGUUCUAUGUUGUCGAGUGGCUCCCUUGCAAAAGGCCGGAAUUGUGUCGCUAGUGAAGAAAAGGACAGCUGACAUGACUCUAGCCAUUGGAGAUGGUGCUAAUGAUGUAUCAAUGAUCCAAAUGGCUGAUGUUGGGGUCGGCAUCAGUGGACAGGAGGGUAGGCAAGCUGUAAUGGCUUCCGAUUUUGCAAUGGGGCAGUUUAGGUUUUUAGUUCCUCUCUUAUUCAUACACGGACAUUGGAAUUACCAACGACUAGGCUACAUGGUGCUAUACAAUUUUUACAGAAAUGCUGUCUUUGUUCUAAUUCUAUUUUGGUACGUACUCUUCACUGCCUUCACUGUGACAACUGCUAUAAAUGAAUGGAGCAGUGUGUUGUAUUCGAUAGUCUACACUGCGGUGCCGACAAUUGUUGUUGGUAUUCUUGACAAGGAUCUUAGUAAAAGGACUCUCCUGCAUAAUCCUCAGCUUUACGGAGCUGGACAAAGACAAGAGGCCUACAACAAAAAAUUGUUUUGGUUGAUGAUAGCCGAUACUUUAUGGCAAAGCAUUGUUGUCUUCUUUGCUCCUCUCUUCGCAUAUUGGGGAAGCACAAUAGAUAUAGCAAGCAUAGGGGAUCUUUGGACUCUUUCGGUAGUUAUUUUGGUCAAUUUGCACUUGGCCAUGGAUGUAAUCAGGUGGAGUUGGAUUACUCACGCGUCCAUUUGGGGGUCUAUCGUUGCAACUUUCAUAUGUGUCAUGAUUAUUGAUGCUAUACCGGCACUUCAUGGUUACUGGGCUAUCUUUGAUGUUGCAGGCACUGCAUUGUUCUGGUUAUGUUUAAUUGGAAUACAAAUAGCAGCAUUGCUUCCCCGUUUUGUUGUAAAAUUCAUUCAUCAAUAUUAUUGUCCAAAUGAUAUUCAGAUUUCAAGAGAAGUAGAGAAGUUUAAGAAUCUGAGGAUCAAUGGAAAUGCAGAGAUAGAAAUGCUUCACAUCUCAAAUCCACAAAGAUAA